GUCCUACCCAGUAGGAACGGAAAGGAGGAAGAGAGAGAGAGGCAGGGGUGGGAAGAGAAUCUCGUGGAAUUCUCUCUCCGCAGCUCGCCGGGGGCCGGCCAAGAAACCACCACCAACCCACGAAUCUCUCCUCCCAAUCCACUACACAGCCGCCGCCAAGUCCCGAUCUUGCCGGCCGAGCUGCACCCCGGCCGGCCCCAAUCCCCCUCCGCCUCCGGCCUCCCACCGCCCCCGAAUUGAGCCGGUUCGUCCACCCUGCAACUCAGUCACUCACCAGCAGCAAAUGGAAUUAGGUGAAAACAAUAUGGGCUCGAAUGAUGGAGCAAACAGCAAAACUAGCUUGGCUGCGAGGCAACGCUUACGGUGGACAGAUGAGCUGCAUGAACAAUUUGUUGAGGCUGUUACUCAGCUUGGCGGUCCUGAUAGAGCAACUCCUAAAGGAGUUCUUAGGAUUAUGGGUACACCAGGAUUGACAAUAUACCAUGUGAAAAGUCACUUGCAGAAAUACAGGCUAGCAAAGUACAUUCCUGACUCUUCAACUGAUGGUAACAAGGCUGAUAACAAAGAUCCAGGGGAUUCACUCGCAGGGCUUGAUGGAUCCGCUGGUUUGGAGAUAUCUGAAGCCCUUAAGCUGCAGAUGGAGGUCCAAAAGCGGUUGCAUGAACAGCUAGAAGUACAAAGGCAGCUUCAACUGCGAAUCGAGGCCCAGGGAAAGUACCUCAAGAAGAUCAUAGAAGAGCAGCAGCGGUACGGUGCUGUAAAAUCUGAAACACCUGGUGCUGGCGCAGUUGUCCCAGCGUCGACCGAUCAAUUCCCCGACUCCGAGAGGACAGACCCAUCAACUCCUGCACCCACAUCUGAAUCUCCAUCUCGAGGGGCAGCUUUCAAAAGAGACCAAACUGAAGCAACCAGGAGCCCAUGUCAUGAUGAACUGCUAACCGCAGAUUCCAACUGUCAUUCUGGUUCUCCCACUGCCAGCCCAAAGCACGAGAGGGCAGCAAAGAGGCAGCGAGGCAGUGACGCUGAGUUCCCGGAGGCCGACUUAUCUCUCCCGCAGCAUAUCUUCGAGUCGAGCUCAGGGCCAGAGUUCCAGCAAUGUUCGAUGCCCUACUACUCAGGCCAUUAGCCCCCGGCAGUUCCAAUCUUCGCAGCAUCUUAGAAUGUUAUCAUCUAAAGGGAUGUGCUGUUGUAUGUUGACAAAGUUGUAGGUGUUUUGAGGUGAUUGUUUACAUGAUAAAUACACAUGACAUCUAUCUUGAGUUUGUAGCAUCCUGGCAUGUUACUUUAUUGGCAGAUGAGUUGACAGGUUUGGGGGCUGGGCACUGUUAGCCUGUUUA